AUGCUCCAAAUUCCGCGGUACGUGCUCGAAAAACUGCGGUGUUCCGCGUGCGGCGGCUACUUGAACACCAAGCCGCUCAUGGUGCGAGCCGACGACCAGCAGCAAAUGUGCGGCAAGUGCUACAGAUUGUUGCCCGCCGAGGAGAAGGAAAAGUACGCGAGACAGGCGGGAUUGGAGAGCGUCGCCGAGAUCAUCCAGUUUCCGUGCAGGUACAAUUCGCAGGGGUGCGGCUACAGGUACACGUGGUGCGACGAGAAAGAUCACGAGGCGAAUUGUCCCUAUCGAAGUCUAAUUACGUUUCCGAGCGAUGGGAGCGUUAAUAAAUCGAAUCGUGUCAGUAACGAGUUGUUUUGCGAGUCGGAUCAGAUAAGAGCUAGUUUGUACUACGAGAUAAAAGAUAGGACGUAUACUAACGAAACGAAAACGUUCGAUUAUACAAUGAAAUUAAAAGGUAAUUGCGAUAAAAUGUUGUGUAUCAAAAACACCAACAACAGUGAUGAAUUGAACGAUAUCGAAAUAAACUUAAACGGGACUCUACUCAUUGGAAACAAACCCGAAUUGGUAUUUUCGAAUAUCACUGUCAAACCAAUACAAUACACGAAUUUAUACGAAUCGAUAACUGAAUACGAUCGAAGGUGCUAUCAUUGCACCGACAGCUGCGAUACAUGCAACCAAAAAGACUCCAAAUCUCUAUGCAAAAAUUACUCCAAGGGCUGCAAGGAAACUUUGCAAUUCGACAACGCCCAUCGACACGAAAUCAACUGCGAGUACAACGAUUACAAAUGCAUCUUGGAGCCGUGCAAUUUGAUCACCUCGCUGCCUCUUAUCAAGCAGCACAUCAAAACCGACCAUCCCGAUGCCAUAUUAUCCAACGAAGCCAACAAAACAUUCGGCAACAAAGAUGAGACUUUCGUGAUAUACUCCUAUGGCAACAUAUUCAAAUGCUUCUAUUACUAUUUCAAGACUUUCGUGGAGUUUCACGUGAUGCUUGUAGGCUCCAGCGACGAGGCCUCCAAUUACUCCUUCGAGGUGAAGGUGAAUUUAGACAGUGGUGUAGUGUCGAAGAAAUCUAAAUGCUCUACGUGGAAUGACGCGAUGCUGGAAAAAGGCGUCACGUUCGAUAAGAAAGAGCUGCUGGGUGAUAAUGAAAAGAAACUGAACAGCAGAUCUGCAUCGGACUUCCAUAACAUCAUUCCGCUCGAAACAAAUGGAUCCGAAAGUCGUUCCAUUUUCUGA